UAGAAAAUGACAAUAACAGCCUCCAGAUCGGCCCCACGGCGCUAAGCCCGGGAGGGGACCAGCUCUCUUCCUUUUUGGCGUGGGAUGAAUGGUGAUGUGGGCGUUGCGAAGGACCCACUCUUGGCUCCUUAGCGUUGGGUCCCGUUCCCUAUUACACUUUCGACCGUCUAGGUAGCUCCAUCAGUAUCCGUACUUCGUCCUCCUCUCGCCCCCCUCCCCAGCACCCGCCCAUCCCCCCCAAACCCAGCAAACUCGUCAAACCCCGUCGUGGCCCUGCCCGGUCUUGGUGACGGCCGCAGCAAAGCUGCACAACCACUAGCGCCGCUUGGCAAAUUUCACACUUCCUGCCAGCCCCUCGACUCUUCCCUUCUCUCUUCUCGGGCUUCAUCCUUUUCCCUUUCCGUGACUCUUCCGUCUUCCCCCCUCCCCUUCCCCUGCAUCCUCCCAUCCUUGCUAUCCACCCCCGGUAUCAUUCCAUCUUCCUAUUCCACUCCUUUACCCUUCCGCUUCCCUCGGUCCAUCGACUUGCUGCCCUGGGAACCUGGCCGUUUGCUCCCAAAACAUCUGCUCACACACGCGCCCUAAAUCGGUUUCUCCUAUCGUGGGCGCGCAUCCCUAUCCAAUUCGCGCCGAUCGUUGGAUCUUUCAUCACCGCCGGUCGGACAUCGCGUGUGAUCACCGCCGCUUUCCCUUCUCCGCGCGACAUUGAAUCUGCGAUUCAUCACCCGCCGGGCGUUCGUUCUCCACGUUCCAGCUUAACCCGCCGCUGCUCUCUUCGUCCUCGGGUAGAUUGCAUCAUCGUGUCGCAAAGGUCGCGGGACUCUUGGGUCGCAUCACAGUGAACCAUAAUCUCAUCACACCCUAUCUCGAGACCAUCAUGUCGCAUACGCAGCCCUCCCCUACCGCGGGAGUGGCCCAACACCACGCCGCCGCUAUGGCCGCCCACGCCCAGGUCAAUGGCCACAUGCCUCCUGCUGCGAUUCCUGCACAAGGCCAGAAGGGAGUUUCCCUCACCACGGCUCAAAAGAUCGCUGCCCUAAAUGAGCAAGUGUGGCUCCAAAUUGGCAGCUUGACAGAAUUGAUGGGCGACCUUGAUGGCGCGAUGAAUGCUUACGAGCAAGCUCUGCGACACAAUCAAUGGUCUAUCCCUGCCAUGAACGCCAUCUCGUGCAUCCUGCGCACCAAGGAACAGUUCCCCAAGGCUAUCGAGUACCUCCAGAACAUCUUGAAGCUGGAUCCGACCAGCGGUGAGACCUGGGGUAGCCUGGGUCACUGUCACUUGAUGAUGGACAACUUGCAAGAGGCAUAUACCUCCUACCAGCAGGCUCUGUACCAUCUUCGCGACCCCAAAGAACCCAAGCUGUGGUACGGUAUUGGAAUCCUGUACGAUCGCUAUGGAUCCCUGGACCACGCCGAAGAGGCCUUUUCUCAGGUUAUGCGCAUGGCGCCAGAGUUUGAGAAGGCCAACGAGAUUUACUUCCGCCUGGGCAUAAUAUACAAGCAGCAGCAGAAGUUCAGUCAGAGUCUUGAUUGCUUCAAGUAUAUUGUUAAUGACCCGCCUCGCCCCCUUACCGAGGAGGACAUUUGGUUCCAGGUCGGCCACGUCCACGAGCAACAGAAGGAUUUCGAAUCUGCUCAGGCUGCGUACAGACGCGUGUUGGAGCGUGACCCCAACCACGCCAAGGUUCUCCAGCAGCUCGGUUGGCUCUACCACCAGCAAAGCAACAGCUACGCGAGCCAAGAAAAGGCUAUUGAAUACCUGGAGAAGUCUGUCAGUGCUGACAAUAACGAUGCUCAAAGCUGGUACCUACUUGGUCGUUGCUAUAUGUCUCAGGCCAAGUACCCGAAGGCAUACGAAGCUUACCAGCAGGCGGUCUACCGCGAUGGCCGCAACCCUACCUUCUGGUGCUCGAUUGGUGUCCUAUACUACCAAAUCAACCAGUACCGCGAUGCGCUCGAUGCUUACUCUCGUGCAAUUCGCCUGAACCCAUACAUUUCCGAGGUCUGGUAUGAUCUGGGUACUCUGUAUGAGUCGUGCAACAACCAGAUUGCCGACGCUCUCGAUGCUUACGGCCGGGCUGCGGAUCUUGACCCAUCCAACGUCCACAUCAAGGCCCGUUUGCAGCUUCUCCAGAGCCAGCUGUCUGGCUCUGCUCAGCAGAACACCGCCCCUGCUCCUCAGCCCCAAGAUGUUCAUCCUCAAGCGUACCAAGCGCCUGGCGUCGGAGCUCCCCCUGCUCCUCAGUGGGGCGGUCCUACCGCGGCUGCCCCCGCACCUGUCGGUCCUCCGCCUCAGGCACCCGCUCCUCCUCGUCAAAUCGACUGGAAUCGCGGUGCUAAUGAGCUGCACCCGCAACAGGGUCCUGCCCUGCCACCUGCCAACGGCGUUGACCAGCGUGAUACCCUGCGUGGCCCUGGUGCUCCCCAGGCCAGCCCUCGCCAGGAGCCUGGUCGGGCAUUCCCCGACCCUGCUCGCGCUGGUGCUCUUCCUCGCUCGCCCAAGAUGGCCGGGCCUAAUGCCUAUCCUCCACCUCACACCUUACCCCAAUUGGGAAAUGCUCCAGCUCCAGCUCAUGAGCGUGCCCCCAGCGGUGGUAAUGCUCCCUUUGGCACUGCUACUCGUGGCCCUCUUCCUCCGGCGCCCACUGGUGCUCCGGCUCCCGGAGCUCCUAACGGUGGUGCAGCUCCUGGUGCUCCUGCUCCUCCUUACGGACAUCGCCCCUUCACCCCUCCUACCGAGAUUCGCCCCAUCCGUGAUGAGCGUCCCUCCUCUCCUGGAUCGGGCUACCCCCACCAGCAGUACCACCACGGUCCGCUCGCUCCCACUCCGGGCGGCAGCACCACUGGUAUCGCCUCCGGUGCGCCUCCCCCUGCGUCAGCUGCGACUGCUGCUGAGGCUGCUGCUCGUGAGCGUGGAGAGGACCGCCCGCCAUCUGCUAUGAAGCGUGGACGUGAAUGGGAGGGUGAGGCUGGCCCCGUCAAGAAGCAGGCCAGUGAUGAGACCCGGGCCCGCCUGGAUGAUCAGAACAGCCGUCGCUCGAGCCCUCCCGCUCGUCUGCCUUCUCCUGGUCAGAUGCAGCGACGUAGUUCUUCCGAGGCUCGCCGUGAGGAUGCUCGCCGAGCCAACGAGAAUUACCACCCGUCCGAGGCAGCUCAUCACCCUCCUACCCUGCCUUCGAUUCAAAGCAUGCCUCCUCAUUCUGCAGGUGGCCCCAGCCUUCCUCCCAUGGCUGAGAGUACUGCUCCUCUCGCGUCGAACGGGCCUCCCUCGGGACCUUCUUCAGCCCACACCCCAGUCAAGGAGGAGGCUCCUCGCCCGGAGGCCCCCACGUCGCACGAGCCCGCCGCUCGGAAGAUGGACGUUGACGAGGAUUACGAUGACGACGGUGAUGAUGAGAAGAAGGCCGGUGCUCCCGUUAAGGGCAGCCCCAACGGCAGCGCUGCGGGCACUGUCACUAACGGCAAUGGAGUCAGCAACGGUCGUCAGGGCACUCCCUCGAAGACCGAGGCUGCUUAAAAAGAACAUCCCCCAUGGUUUUUCUUUGGAGUAAAUGACGAAUAGUUUCAUGUCUCGUAUCUCUGUCUGCUUGCAUUCUACCGAUCUCCAUCUCAAAUUUUCUUCUCCUUUCUCCCCCGUGUCCUUUUUACCAAUCCCCGUCUUACCCCUCCAGCCUCCUUUUUAUUGCGUCAUGUACGGUAUGAAUGUCCCUUUUAACUUUUAACGUUGGUGUCAAGACUCCUAUCGUUUUCGGCUACGCCUCAGACCACUUGAUGUUGGCUGGGUGAGUCGACACCGGCUGCGGUUGUGUGUCCUGUAUUCGUUCUUUCUCUCCCCCCCCCCCNCCUGAUGAAUUUUUUUUAUACUUAACUGAAAGUGAUCUUUUUCUUUAUUCUACUUUCCUGUUGAUUCUUCUGAUGCGGAUGCGAGGGUAUCUUUGUGAUAGCAAUUUCAGCCAUUUGUCAUUGAAAG